CGCUGACAGUCUGUGACUGAAUCCUCCCUGUGCGCGGGCCGCGGUCGGCGGCGCUCUCUCAUGAUGCCCCGUCGUCGCCUAUGGCUGCCAUUUGCUCUUUCGCUGCUCCCAGCUGUGGCGCACAUUGCGCAAGCAGACCUGCCACCAUGUGCCGGUGAGCGAGGGAAAGCCCUUCAGGAAAAUCGCCCGCUCAAGACUGUUGGUUGGUGUGUGGGUGGUGUCGUGUCGGGUGCAGCGAACGUGAGAGGGUGCGAAGCUGCGGACCUUAAGGAAAACGGAAAUGGCACUGAAGGCGCCGCAAACGCCACCGCUAUGCAGGGCAGAUGGCCAACCAAGCCAGCCUGCACAGAUGACGACCUUUCUAGACCGCUCUGUGCUGCGUCCGUGUGUGUGUUUGCCUGCAGUGUACGAGGGCACUCCAUCGGAGGAGCGGGCGCCAGGAGAGGAAGGACAAGAGGGGGACGAAGAAAUGAUGGACAUCCAAAGAGGUCAGCAAGCGACACCCACUCACUUCAUCCUGCAUACCGCUCUCUCUUAUGCCCAACCCACUCCACAGCGAGGGAGGUAUGGGGGAGCGACCCGAUCGUGGGGGAGUUUCCACGCCUCACAAAUGAAACCAUAGAGGCCCUGAUCGCCUCCAUCGUCGCCAAGAUGACACUCGAGCAGAAGGUCGGUCAGAUGGUCCAAGGCGAAGCUCCCAUCAAUGUCAACGCCACACACGUCAAGACCUACGCACUCGGCUCCGUCCUCUCGGGCGGGAUGCUCCGAUUCGCCGGCAGCACCGACCCUCACACAUGGCUGGACCACACACAGGCCUACUUUGACGAGGCUGUGGAGGUCGACGGGCACAAGGUCCGAGUGCUGUGGGCGAUUGACGCUGUGCACGGCCACAACAAGAUGCCCGGCGCGACCAUCUUCCCACACAACAUCGGGCUCGGCGCCACGAGGGAUCCCGCCUUAGUGGAGAAAGUGGGCAAGGUGACGGCACACGAGGUGGCCUUGACAGGAAUCGACUGGAACUUCGCGCCAUGCCUCGCUGUUCCACAGAACGAAAGGUGAAGUCAAAUCAGACGCACGUCGCACCCAUCCCACCCGACACGUGUCAUUUUUCCGUCGUAAGAUGGGGGAGGACGUACGAGGGCUACUCCGAAGACCCCAAGGUAGUCGAAACACUGGGUGCGGCCUACGUACGCGGCCUGCAGGGCGAGCCAGGCAACAGCACCUUCCUGGAUCUGGAGCACGUGAUCGGGACAGCCAAACACUUCAUCGGCGACGGUGGGACGGGCAGCGGCGCCGACCGAGGCAACACCAAGGUCACCGAGGAGACCCUCAGGGACAUCCACGGCCGUGGCUAUCUGUCGACGCUCAAGCAGGCCGUCCAGACGGUCAUGACGUCCUACUCCCGGUGGAACAACGUGGAUAUGCACAACCACAAGUAUCUCAUCACCGACGUCCUCAAGGUGCGGGGCGGUGCGGUGCGUGUCACAUCACAUAUAUGUGUCACUCAAAUGUGUCACACGCCGCCCCCGGCCGUGUGUGUUGUGUUGUGUUGUGUUGUGGUGGACUGGACAGGGAGUGUUGGGCUUUGACGGCAUCGUUGUGUCCGAUUGGUACGGCAUGGACGACGUGCCGGGAUGCGACAGGCGAUCAUGUGCACCAUCCAUCAACGCGGGUCGGGUCCGUCCGUCUUAGACACACAUGCAAAGCACACCGUGACGCCUGUCCAUCUGUGGGUGGGUGUCUGUGCAUCAAUCAAUCAGGCAUUGACAUCAUGAUGGUCCCGGACUACGACCACUGGCGCCCAUUCAUUCGCAAUACCAUCCGCCAGGUCGAAAUCGGCCUCAUACCACAAGAGCGAAUCGACGAUGCCGUCACCCGCAUCCUGCGGGUCAAGGCGAGAAUGGGCCUGAUCGAGCCCAAGCAAGGCACCUACGAGGGCGUCUACGUGCGGCCCUCCCCCUCUAAGCGCACAGAGGAGCUCAGACGGCAGGGCCUGCAGCUGUCCUCACCCGAGCACAGAGAGGUGGCCAGGGAGGCGGUCCAGAAGUCGCUCGUCCUUCUCAAGAACAACAAAGCGGCCAGGACCGGCCGGCGGCCCCUCCCUCUUGCCAAGGACAGCGUGGUGCUGGUUGCUGGUAGAGCCGCCGACUCCAUCCCCUUGCAGGCGGGGGGCUGGACCUUCAUGUGGCAAGGCGACAUGGGGAAAGACAACAGCUUCUUUAAGCCGGGGCAGUCCAUCCUAGACGGGCUUGAAGGCCACGCUUUAGACGGGGGUGGGAAGGUCAUAUAUGACAGCAACGGCACGGAAACACACGGCGACAUCGACGUGGCGAUCGUCGUCAUGAGCGAGCAGGUACGCACUCACCACGUCGGGUAGCUGUGCUGUUGGGCUAUGAUAUGAUGGAUGUUUGUUGUGCUGUUGGGCUCAGCCGUAUGCCGAGAUGUUGGGUGACCGUCCUUUCCCCAGCCCGCUCGCAUUCAAUGCCACGGAGGACGGCCAAGUGGACCACGAGGUACUGCAUCGCGUCAAGGCCAGCCACCCCGACGUGCCCCUGGUCGCCAUCCUGCUCUCCGGCCGGGCUCUUUACAUCAACAAUGAGAUCAACGCGGCCGACGCAUUCGUGGCGGCAUGGCUGAUCGGCACGGAGGGUCAGGGUGUUGCGGACGUGCUUUAUGAGAACGGGCCGGACUUCCACGGCCGGCUGCCGUACACAUGGCCGUCACAUCCGUGUCAGGUGCCGGUGGGAGCCGAGCAGCCAUCAGCCUUCCCACUGGGCUACGGGCUGAGUUAUGAGGAUGAGGUGCAUGUGGAGCCUCUGCCUGAAGACGCACCUUCGUCAUGCGGUGCGUGACGCAAGGGAGGGAGGGAGGGAGGGAGGGAGGAAGGGAGGAAGGGAGGCGCCGCUCUCAUGCGCCGUUUCUGUGCAAUUCAGAUGCCUUCGGUGAUUUUGAGAUGGUUGGGAGCAGCCAGUGUGUGGUGGAGAUGCCCGACAUGACGCCCGACGCCCUGCUGCGUGUGACGGAGGACGUGACGAUCAGCAUGGAGGCGUGUGCCACCCUCUGCCAGCGGUCCGGCAGCUGCCAGGCCUUCGACUACCUACCCACAGCGCGCAAGUGCCGCCGUCACUUCUUCGCCCUGCAGUCGACCAUGACGGCUGACGGGCUCGUCGUGGGCCUGGCGGCAGACACUGAGGAAGACACAGAGAGGCCCCCUGCUGGCGCCGAGGCACGGUGCUGGAGACGCAUUGGUGAGGCAGAAGCGACGGCUGUGUGUCAUGCGUGUUCGUGUGCAGUGCAUGGUUUACUUUACAUGUUGUGUGUGCGUGUGUGCAGAAUCAUCGGUUGAAGACGACAUCUGUGUGUCUCUGGGCGGCCGGCUGGCGCCCGACGCCAGCGCCCUGUGCUGCCCCGCCCACUGCACGGCAUGUGGACACGAAGCCUGCUCGCUCCUCGAGCAGCUCUCACAAGAUACCACCCUCACCACGUUCCCAAGCUCGGGCAACCUCUGCUGCUUCGAGGCUCUUCUUGAGAGCGGCAAGCUGCACCGCUGCGCCUGGGACAACUUCAUCUUCCCGCCAUGUGUGGCAGAGCCGCCGAUAGAGGGCUUCGAGCUCCGUUAUCUCGGCGGUUGUGAGGGCGACCCAGAGCCAUCGUCAGGCAGUAGCAGCGACAGGAGGCUCGAUACGUCCCUGGCACCCCACCGUCGUGAGCUCAGCCACCGUCAGACGGAAAAGGAGAAGCCUAUUUCCAUCACGCUGCAAGUCACCGACACGAUCACCCGGGCCCCGAGAGUGGUUGAGGCGGCCGACGUGAGUGCGUGUGCCGACAAGUGCCGGAAGAGGUCGUGGUGUGCUGCUUUCGACUUCAGCCAGGACGCCACACACGAUGCGUGCAGGCUCUUUGCUGAGUCGCCAUCGGAGGCGUCGCAGCACAUCCGCGACCGCCAGAGAUGCUAUACGAGGAGCGGUACACACGCCCACACACACGCCCACCGGAGCGUCACGGCAUAUGGACGGACGGAUUGCAUGUGCGUGUGUGUCAGAGCCCAGUGGUGCGAUGCAGGCAUGUUUUGAGAGCGACGGCAGGUUCCACCUGGUUGACGGGAGGGGCGCGGUCUGCCUUACCCCUCUAGGGGGCGAUGCGGUGCUCGAGGCCACCGUCUACUCGGCCAACCAGACCAGCUCAGCCCCAUACGCAUUCCCAGACAAACCAUGCCAGCCUGGCGCCGAACUCCCCUGUGUCGCAGGUCGGCAGACAGACACAACAUCUCCUUCCAUCUGAUGUGAUGUCACUCGUCUGUGUGUGUGUUGUGUGGAGUGUGCAGACGGUGUGGUGGACACGUUUGCCUUUGUGGGCGUGGCCACGUGUGAGACCCGCACAAACGCUUCAGAGGCGGGCGAGGUGAAAGCGGCAGAGGCACCCGACAUCGACGCUUGCCGGUGGCUGUGUGAGGAGUCGGAGACCUGCACGGGCUUCCAAUACGACUACGAUGAGGGUGACGGCAGCUGCUGGCUGCUGCAGCGGGCCCCGAUCAAAAAGGGCAACGACACACCCACGAGCCGAUGCUACCGCAAGAAAGGUAGGGUCCCUACAGGCACCGCACACACCGACAGGCAGUCAGGCAGGCAGGCAGGCAGUCAGGCGGACAGGACAGUGCGCAUCGCAUCAGCUCCACCCACCCACCUCAUGUACGGACAUGUGUGUGGGAUGUGAAUGUGUGUGUUUUGUCAGACAUGGACGCCGUGUUGGAGGAGUGUGUGAGCAUUGGUGGCAUCCCAUCGUCCUUCUCAGCAGUCGUCGAUGGCGAUGUCGAGGACAAGCCGUCACUGCGGUCGUGCUGCCCCGCCAGCUGUGGCGUGUGCGGCGGGGCAGACUGCCUGAAGAGGGACGGCGGGUUGGACAACUGCUGCGACCAGGCUGUGAGGGAGCACCACCCUUUAUGCAUUCAGAAAGGCUCACCGCCGUGCCAGGCAGGUGAGGUGCGGUACGUCACCAAACAUUCAACACACUCACCAUGACGUCUCGCUUAACUCACGCUCAGGCUUUGCACCUGAGUCGUUCGAGCUGGCUGGUGUGGGUGGCUGCCGCACCGCUGGCCAUGGCGAGACCAACGACAUUCAGGGACCUACCACUAUUGACGAGUGCGCGGCGUUGUGUGAGGCCGACGAGAAGUGCGAGGGGUUCGAUUUGGAGGUGUGGAGCAAGGAGGCCGAGGCCAGGGAGUGGCUCAAGGCACGUAGAGAGAAAGCAGCGAAGGAGGGAGAGCAGGACGGUGAUGCAGAAAGCCAAGGCGAGGCAUACGCGGACACGGGCAGCUCUGCUGGUGAUGACAAGGAAGCCGUCGAGGCGGCCUUCCUGCGGAAGCAGCGAGAUCAGAAGACAACAACUGCCCAGGAGGAGAGCCGGCUGGCAGACGAGGGAGAACGGCGCGAGCCGCGGCCUGACAGUGCUGAGGUGAGGAUCAUAGGCUGCCGGUUGUUCCACGCCCCCAUCAUCGGCGGCGCCGGAGACGGAGACAACAUGCACAGAUGCUUCGCCAAGAAAGGACCACAACACGGCGGUGAGUGAGUGACACGACACACAGGGCCAUCCCUACGAUCUCUCUGUUGUCUUGGUUCAGAAGCAGUGAAAGCAGAAACAAACGAGCAUCCCGAUGGCAAACUUAAAGCCUUCGCGUCCGCAGCAUCCAAAAUGGAAGAAGCCCCCGACCUCGCCGAGCCCAGGGCGACUGACACCGACGACGAAUCGGACUCAGACUAUGAUGCCGCCCAAGGCAGCAUGGAAGCCGUCGAUGCACUGGUGUUUGUUGGGACGGGGGAGUGCCUCAUGAGCCACCCAUCGCCCGGCGCCCUAGCCGACAGCAACCGGCUGGAGAGGCCUGCCUCACGGCUGUCGGUUGAGGGCUUGCGUGCGUGUGCAGAGGCGUGCUGGGGGGAUGGGGGGUGCAAGGGGGUGCAGUUUCGGCGGCAGGCGGAGAGGCGGGGGGCGUGCACGCUCUUCGCGGACUACCCAAUCCGGUGAGGGGGAUGGGUGGUGGGAGGGAGGGCAUACGUCACGUGAGCCCUUCUGUGUGUGUUGGUCAUGUCAUGUGUGUCACGCCUGCCUGUCAUAUGUGUGCGGUGGGGUGCUGUGGGGUAGGGUUGCUGCGGAUGCCAUGACAAUGUGCUUCUUCAAGCCACCGCUCCCCCACCACGACGUGCAGGCCGCACAGAUCUCACCAGGAGGUCCUUCGUCGCCAUCGUGUUUCCUCGACACAUACGAACUGACAUCCACGACAAUCGCCGAACGCAGCCCAGCCGAGUCACCCGAAGCGUGCCAGGUACCUGCGGUGCAUCUCAAUCAUCUCACACACAAGACAAGACAGACACAGAGAGACGUCUACACGUGACUGACGGGCCUUUGCGUCGCAUUUAUCUAUCUGCAUGCCUGUCUGUGAUGCAUGUGAGUGCAGGUGGAGUGCCAGGCCACUCCCCAGUGUGCGGCCUUUACCUUUGCCAACGGGUCGUGCCUCCUCAAGGCAUCCUUCGCCCCACAGUUCCACCACGAGACAGCGACAAACGACACAUCAGCAGCAGCAGACGGCCGCAAUGCCACCUCCGGCCCCCGCAGCUGUGGGCCACACAGAGCCAUACAGACAGACAGACAGACAGACAGACAGGGGACAGAAAUGCGUGUGUGUGUGUGUGUGUGCAGGCGGCUGGGAAUACCACCGGUCGCCCAUCAGGCGCGACGACGCAAUAGAGGCCGCCCUUGACGAGCUUAUGCAGACGCUUGACCUCGACAGCAAGCUGGGGCAGCUGAUCUUCCUCAACACCAAGCGUGCCACGGUGGAUGUGGCCCGGGCGCUGCGCCCCGGCGCGAUACAGAUGCCCCGCAACCUGACGGUGCAUGAGGCGCUGGAGGCCAACGAUGAGCUGUACAUGGCCACGUUGGAGGGAGGUGGCGAGCAUGCCAUCCCUCCGCUGCUGGUGACGAAUGGCAUGCACGGCAACGCCAUGGUGAGGAACACCACCAUCUUCCCGCACAACAUCGGUCUGGGUGCGGCCAACGACGAGGGCUUGAUGGCGCGCAUCGGUGCCGCCACCGCCAUUGAGAUGGCUGUCGUCGGCCUCGAUUGGACGGAGGCGCCUGUGGUGGCCGUCACCAGGGAUUACAGAUGGGGCAGAGUGUACGAGAGCUUUGGGUGCGUGAGACCUCACACCGAACCGACACAACGGACAUGCACGCAACACAACCACUCCUGUGUCUCUACGUGAGCAGGGAGGAUCCCGAGAGAGUGGCCAGGCUCACUGCCGCCUAUCUUCGAGGGCUGCAGGGCAACCCGAACAAGACCGACGAGUACCUGGGUGUGUCCAAGGUGCUCGCCAACUGCAAGCACUUCCUUGGCGACGGUGAGGCGGCCGAGGGUCGGACCAAAGGCAACUUCCCGAGAAGCGAGAUGGACCUCGCCAGGACCCAUGCCCCACCCUACUACGCAUGCAUCGACAACGGCGUCCAGAUCAUCAUGCCCUCUUACACAGGCGUCCUUGGCAAAUCCGUCCACGGUGAGUGAGACACAGAAGGAAACAGAUGGACCGACCUGUGUAGUAUGUAAGUGUCUGAGUGAGUGCAUCCUGACUGACAGGGUCUCGAUACCUGUUGACUGAGGUGCUCCGCGAAAAGUUGGGUUUUGACGGCAUGGUGAUUAGCGAUUACGACGCGUGGAGGAAUGUGGAGGUGCCGGUCGACGGCUGCACCCUCGACAACUGUCCCAACGUCAUCUCGGCGGGCGUCGACCAGCUGCUCGUCGGACAAGGCAGCUAUAACGCGUAAGAACACGCGAAAGCUGGGAGGGAAUCGAAUCCCGCAUAUGGAUUACUUACCCACACACCCGCUGGCUGUGUCUGUGUCUGUGUCUGUGUUGGUCAUCAGGACUCUCACCAACAUGAAGACCGCCCUGCAGCAAAACACUUUGUCAAUCAGGGCCGUCAACCGCGCCGUGCGUCGCAUCCUUCGUGUCAAGAUGCGGCUGGGGCUCAUGGGCCCCUAUGCCGCAAAGGCGGCACGGCAGCGGCCGUCCGAGCGGCCCCUCGCCGGCAGGGCUGACCUGGUGCUGUCGUCCGAGCACCGCGGGCUGGCAAGGGAGGCCGUGCGCAAGUCGCUGGUGCUGCUCAAGAACACGCGGGGUGCCCUGCCGCUGCCCAAGCGCGACAACCAUCGUGUGCUGGUGGCUGGUGGGUCCGCCCACACGAAGCGCAAUCAGGUCGGGUCGUGGACCCUCGAUUGGCAGAGCGCCACGCUGAGCAACGAGUAUGACCUCAGCCACACCACCAGCGUCUACGAGGGGCUCCGGCGUAUGAGCAGGCAGAAUGGGUGGGGCAAGGCGAACCUGCGGCUGAAUGGGACGGUCCAUGAGGGCGAGCACUUUGACAGUGUGGUGGUGGUGGUGGGCGAGCAGCCAUACACUGAGACUGAAGGAGACCUUCAUGCGCCGGGACAGGACACAUGGGAGAGCCUGGACUUGGCAGCCAGGUGAGACGAGACGAGACGCGCACUUACUUCAUACCAUCAACAUACCAGAUGCACGUGUGUGUCUGGCAUGGCCCGCAGGUACCCUGAGGACAUGGCGAUGGCGCGGAGGAUUCGGUCGAGGCUGCCCGAGGCCCGCAUGACAGUGGUGCUCUUGACCGGGCGUCCCGUGUAUGUGACGCCCCUGCUCAACACGGCCGACGCCUUUGUGGUGGCCUGGCUGCCGGGGGGCGAGGGAGGAAAUGGGGUGGCCGACAUGCUCUACAGGGCGAACAAGAGCUAUGACUUCAGCGGCCGGCUGCCGGUGUCGUGGCCAAUGCACCCCUGCCACGCCAGCCACACACACAGAACGGCAGUGGGCGGCAACUCUGCGGCGAUGAUGUUCCCCCGCGGCUUUGGGCUGUCGUACAGCGGCAUGGCGAGGGGAGGGGCGAGUGCCGCACAAGUUGGGCAGCUGGAGGAGAUGGCGGAUGGCCCUCUGGACCGGUGUAGUGUUGUGUAGACCAAUCAGGUCGGUCGAUCAGCCAGCCUGCCCCGAUCGUAUCGUGUGUUGAUAGAUAUGUAGAUAUCCACUCAUUUAAUGGCAGGCACCCUGUGCGUCUUUUGUUUGUCGCCUCCAUCCACUGAAUGGGAUGGAGGGAUGGCAACGUGUGUGUCUGCCUGGCUAGCUGGUGAAUGAAUUAGGUGUAUGGUAUGGCAUGUGCCGGCAUUUUUCUUUCCUUGAUUCAUGCAUCGAGCUAACGAUGAGCGUCGGUCGAUGUGCAUGAGACAGACAGACAGACAGACAAUUCGGGGGUGCAUAUGGUGCAGGGGUCUGUCUGCGUGGCUUUUUUCUGCACGGAUGCCCGAAUGUGACCGUGCACGUUGAUGAGUGAUGUGACUGUGUAUGUGAGACAGGCAUAAUGUUGGUUGCCGCCAUAUUUGUAUGUCCGACGUGACGAGCACGCUGU